GAAAAUGGGAAAGGCUGGGCCUGAGCUUUAGGACUGAGAGCGGAGGUGAAGGACGGGGAUGAUGAUGAAUGAGGUCAGUGAAUUGAGUUUGAUUCAAAUAGUUGUCGGCUCCUCCUUGCGAGGGGCGCCUUGCUCACGCGUGAUUUCUGUUACUAUUGCUACGUGAAAUCGAUUAUAAUUAUCCUUCGAUACUUCGAAAAGCUGCAUCCCUACCUCAAGUGCCAUACUACACAUUAUCUCCUUCCAAUCAAGUAAACUACAUCCGCCACAAUGGUCAAGGCCAAGGAAGAGGUUAUUUCCGAGUUCAAUGAGUACGUCAACAUGACGGCCGAGGACCUCGAGUCCUGGCUCAAGUCAGACGACUCCAACAGCGCGGGCUGGCCCAAGGACGACGCUGAGGGCGAGGGCGAGUCGGUCGGACAUGACAGCGGGCGCAAAAUUGUCGAGAUCCUCCAGGCGAACCCCGACAAGAAGGAGGACGAGUACACAGAUGAGCAGGUUGAGCACAUGCGCAAGGUCGUGGCGUACUGUAAGCGACACUUGGCGCAAGAGUCCCAGUCGAAUAGUGACAAGUCGCCCGAGGAGGUGAAGAAGACCAAGUCGUAUGCUUCACUGAAGAACUGGGGACACGACUUCCUCAAGGCCCAGGGCAAGGAGAAUGGCGCGUCAAAGUCGAAUGGAAAGUCCACCAAGAAGGAAAAGAAUGGUGACGAGGAGAAGGCCGAGUCGAAUGGGUCCAAGAAGCAGAACGGGUCCAAGAAGGAAGAGGAAGAGGCCGACGAUGACAAGGAAGAGGAGGCUGCUGACGAAGAGGCCGAGGACGAGAGUGAGGAGAAGGCCGGCGACAAGCGCAAGAACGCCAGUGAGGAGAACGGGUCCAGCAAGAAGCGACAGACGCGCCAGGGCGAGGGCAAGUCGACUGAGAAGUCGGACGAGAAGAAUGGGGAUGAUGACGAGGAAGAGAAGGCCGAGGAGAAAGAUGAAGACGGCGACGAGGAGAUGGAGGAUGAUGGCGAGGAAGGUGACGACAAGGAGAAUGGCGGCGGCAAGGCGAAGAAGGGACCUAAGAAGGGCGAUACCGUCAGCUGGAACUGGGGCAGUGGUCAGCCCGAGGGCAAGGUCCUUGACGUGAAGGGCGAAAAGACGUCUAUCACGACGAAACGCGGAAACGAAGUGUCCCGCGAUGGAGAUCCCGAGGACCCGGCCGUUGUCAUUGACACUGGAAAGUCGAGAGCAAUCAAGUCUGCUCACGAGUUGAAUGAGUGAUUGGAGUUAUAGAGCUAUGGGCGUAGGCAAAGCAUAGUUCUUCGCCGCGUAUCGAUUUGCUUUACAUCGGGGAGUUUGUGUCGACGCAUCGUGUAUUGUUGUUUAUUGUAUCACCUUCUUCAAUUGUAGUCAUAGGCAUAGUGGUGAAUUCAACCCA